AUUUAUUUCAGACGGGAGAGUUUUUCCUGUGACACCGUCUUAAAGUUUGUACACCGGUAAAACAUGGCUGAUGUUUCUGCAAAAUUGAAAGAAGCUUUUCAGUCGGGACCAGUAACAGCCCUAAAAAUAAUAGGAGACACCGUUUUAGCUGGUAUUGGUUGUUAUUUACACAUCUAUGACUUGAUCACAACUCGCAGACUACAAUCUACAAAAGUUUUACCUCAUCAGAACAUUCAUGGCAUUGAAAAAGACCACACCACUACCACGACCACCCCCACAGAAGGUUUCCUCUGCAUUUAUGGUGAGAAGAUACUCAAUAUUGUUUCCUAUUCUGGCAAAAGAAUCACAGAGGAACACAGAAGUCGAGAAUUUCAGGAUUGGAUCUGGGAUGUUCGAUGGCUGACAAAUACUGACCAAUGUCCAAACAGCAAUCUUGCCAUUACAUUGGGCCACAAUGUCAUUGUUCAAUGGAAUUGGACAGCUGACCAACUGCUUAAUUAUGUUCACUGUCAGGAACAAUGUAUUCUAUACUCUGCACAUUUUAUAGGAGUCAGUUGGAACCAGCUGCUGUUAGCUUCUGGUACAGUGUUCAACCAGGUUGUAGUGUGGUCACCUGUGGUCAACACCACAGUUGAUCACUCUGGUCAAACCUUCAGUAAGCCAUUGCAAUACUUCACAGGACAUCAGGGAGUGAUUUUCUCAAUCCAUUACCAUCAGCACCAACAACUGAUGUGCAGUGUUUCGGAUGACCGAAGUAUCCGAGUAUGGAAGCUCACAUUCCAAGGGAAGAAUGCUCCUGAAUCUAUUUGGCCUGAAGACUGGGCGAUGGCCACCAGUGAAAUUGUCCAUGUAUUAUAUGGCCACUCAGCAAGAGUAUGGAGGGCUCGACUGUUAACGACUGGAAUCAUAAGCAUUGGAGAAGAUGCAGCUUGUUGUAUUUGGAAUGCAGAAGGUCAAAUAAUUCAGAAAUUUAAAGGUCAUAAGGGCAAGAGUAUCUGGAGCCUGGCCAUAGAUGAAGAAGAAACUAUUGCAGUAACAGGUGGAGGUGACUGCAGCAUUCGGGUUUGGAACAUUGGAAAUGUGGAAGAAAAUUGUAAAACUAUUAGCAAGACACACCUGAAAUUGGACAAGUCUAUCUUGCCACACACAAGCAACCAAGAAGACUUUCCACGUUCUGUAACUUAUUUAAACUUCAACACAGUUUUAAUCAAUGCCAACAGUGGGUUACUCUUCAUGUAUUGCCUCUCCCAUCUCAAGUGGAGAGUCAUCGGAGGUGAUGACACAUUUCUGUCUUAUUCUUGCCUGGCAGUGUCACAUGACACUCAGUCAAUUGCGAUGGGCAACCUCUAUGGUUCUGUGGUGGUCAUCUUACCCACAGGUGACCUGGACCCUAAACAAUUGUGUCACUGCAACACUAAUUUCCUUACUUCACAGCCAUUCUAUAUCUCAGUUGUCGGAAAGAUCUACAGUAUCCAUUGGUUGACAGACACACAGAUUUUGGUCUCUGAACACACUGGUACACUGUCCGUCUGGAAACUCCACAGAAGCAGUUUGAUGCCAACACUGGCAAAAUUACAAGAAUUCUGCCUUCCUCCCUGCAAACAUCGGUGGAUUACUGCGGCCUGUUUACUUCCAGGAGAUCUCCAAAUGGUUUGUGGUGAUCGCAAUGGCUCCCUCUAUGUGUAUCCCUUUGGGAAAUCUACUGAUCAGCUUUGCCACCCUGAACAGCGUUUUCCAAAACUUCAUGGCAAGGCAGGUGUCACUGAUGUAUGCUACCACAACAACUACCUGUACACGGCUGGGAGAGAUGGACGUUAUCGGCAAUACACGGUGACAGAGGACGGCUCUUUAAAACUUGUGAAUAACAAUAAGAUCUACAAAGGAUUCGAUUGGUUUGAGAAACUUCUUUUUGGAGACGAGUUACUCUUGUUUGGCUUUCAUUCUGUGAAUUUCAUAUUGUGGAAUUGUAGCAAAUCUGAGAAACUUCUGGAAAUACCCUGUGGGGGUGGCCAUCGCAGUUGGAGCUGUUUGUUAAGGAAUGAUCUGGUUCACUUUGUGUAUAUUAAGGUUCAAGACAUUGUCAUAUGCAGAGCGUCGAUCCGACCAACAUUGGUUUUAAAGCAAAGCCACCAUGGACGUCAGAUGCUGGACAUCAAACAUAUAUCAUCAACAUUGACACGACAUUCAGAUGUCAGCCACCAUUUCUGUAUUAGCUGCAGUGAAGACACCUCACUUCAACUCUUUCACCUCAACUUCAAACACUCUGGGGCCCCUAACACAACCACCACAGACAUGAAGACCCUAGCUACUUUACAAGCCCAUAUAUCCAGUGUUCGGUGUUUGACUGUUCUACCCAGCACAGGCUCAUCAUUGCAUCCUUCAACAUUGGAUGCUGAGGCCUUCUUGGUGAUUUCUGGAGGUGGACGGGCCCAGCUGAAUGUGUGGCGCUUCAUUGUGAAUUCAACAUCUGACAGAAAAGAAGAGAAGGUGGUAAGUGAGGAAGAAGAGACAGAAACAGAAGAUGGAGACAAAACCGAAUUCAAUUAUAUCCACGAACACCUCUGUUCAGAAUUUCUCGUCAAACGUCCUCCGAAACUUUGGAAAUCCCGUCUGCUCACCCUCGAUCCAGAAAUGCGUAUUUUAAGCCUCACAGCUUUCCAUGGACACCAGAUCAACACUAGUGUAGAGAAUGGGUUUGUGUUUGUUGCUGCAGCCUGUUCUGAUGGUACUCUACGACUUUUCUGCUUUGACGAGCGACAACACAACAGAAAUGGCAGCAACAAGAACAACAGAAACAGCAGCCAACUGCACUCGGUUUGGCAGCAGCAGUGCCAUGGUGGCAGCUGUGUUCUGCAAGUGUCUCAUAUUCUGUAUGAGUGCAGUACCAGUGGUGUGCCUGGUGCCAACAGGACCCUUGUAGUCCUUGUUUCAGCUGCAACAGAUGGUCACCUUGCCUUCUGGGACAUCACUGCAAUCUGCAAGGGUCACCUUCAUCAGCUCCUCAACCAACCCCACUGUUCCCAUCCUUCACGAGAUUUUGCUGAAACUUCUGUGAACUCCAACACCUCAGAACAUUGUUUCAAAUCCUCCUCAAUCCGCACAAUCGAAGAAGACAGUGACCCACUGGACAGGCAGACACAAACAUUGAUGGGAAAUGCUUCAUCUGGUUUCUCUCAAUGCAACGAGGAUGGUGGUGGUGAUAUUGAUGAUGAGGAAGAGGAGGCUCAUUGUAAUAGUAUUGAUGAUGAUGCUGAUGAUGAUUGUCUUAUCUACAAAACGUCUGCCCAUCAAUCGGGUGUCAACAGCUUACAUCUGUUACAACAGCAAGAUUCCAGUUUCUUGUUGGCUUCUGGUGGUGAUGACAAUGCUCUCUUUGUCAUGAAAUUUGCCAUCUCCCUUAUGGAAGACAGAACCGAUAUUGUCUGUGAAAGGUCUGUGAGCCACUGCAGUGCCCAUGCUGCACAAAUUACAGGUGUUUGGUUUGUAAACAGCACUUACCUCGUGUCUUCGUCCGUUGAUCAGCGCAUCUGUGUAUGGCAGCUGCUGUUUGGAGAGGAAAUUGCUCAGAUUAAAUAUGUAAUCAGUCAGUUUGUUACAAUCGCUGACCUUUCUAACAUAGACGUCUGGCAACACAGAAAGCGAAUCUUUAUAGCUGUGUGUGGUACAGGAAUGUCACUGCUAACCCUGGAAUUACCAACACCAUCAACCUAAAACAGAGUCUGCUGGAUGAUACAGUAUCAUUAAAGAUAUUUUCUUAAA